AUGCCUGAGUUGGACGACAUCACUUACUCGCGCGACGCCUGCGUUGCCACGGUCCGCGACUAUUACAAGUUCCUGACCAAGAUGUACUUGCCGGAAUGCCAAGUCCAUCUCGAGAGCUUUGGCAAAACGGAUGGUGUGAUAUCGCUGCUCGCCCACCUACCUUACCUUCUCCAACCCAAUGACUGGACGAACGAUGCCGAAGGCGCUGCUGACUGCCUCUUUGCGGAUUGGCAGCAUGUCUUCACAGCCAUGGCCGAAGGCCGCGAGGCCGCCGAGGCUAGACUUUGCUCAGAGCGUCACAUGAUGGAAGAGCUGCCUCCCCAUUGUGUCGGACUUACGUACGGCGGGCGGGAUAACCCGUUGUUACUUCUCGACACGGAGCUCGGCGUCAUAUGUUGGGAUGAGUGCCCGGACUCGGUCAAACUCGACCCUACCCGGGAACCAGUCUUGGAUGACCCAUGCGACUAUGCGCCCGAGGGCGAAUGGGAUUGGCGGUGCGACUGCCCAGCCUGGGCCAUCGAUGAUUUCUUCGCGCUUUUCAAGGACCGAUUCCGCCGGAUGGACUGGAUCCCGACGAGCCCCCGAACGGUGCUUACCAUCGACACACUCCGCCCGCCUGAGUAUGCGGGCCUGAUGCCUAUGCUUGCCGGGGUUUAUCGGGAACACGGUUGGCCUGAUGUGGCCCGAUACCGGAAGGGGGACUGCUUAGUAGCCGUGAGGAAGGCCUUGGAGGAGGAGUACCCGGAAGAGGUUUUCCAGACUAAUGAGCGGCGGUCUCCCCGAAUUCAGGUCGGGCCGUGGGCGAGCCAAGAGAGUUACUGUGAGUAUCACAUCAUGGAGUAUGGAUCUAUGGCGGCGCAGCACUCUUGGCGCGACGUUAUGCCUCGGACACGAAAUAUUGGCCCCGGCGGCAAGGAUUUGAGCUUCAGAGUGCGCCAAGAAUCCCGAGCAUGGGUGCCUUUGACUAUAGAUUGUGUUCUGAAUUUGAAGCGACCUGCAUGUGCCGCGCAUAUGCGUCUCUGGCGCCAGUUGAUCAUCAAUCUCUCUGUCGCCAUGGCGCGACCGGAUGGUACGAAGGGCGCCUAG